UAACAGGGAUUCCAACGUGUACGUCGUCGAGGAUCAAAGAAAUAGGGUAGACCCGUUGAUCGAGAAAAUUUUCCGAGCACCCAGCGAGCGAAGAAACGACGCGAUUAGCUCGAAAUGCAACAUCGAGACUGAACCGGGUAAAACGGCUGUCCAGGCUGAAGACGCUAGCAAGAGUGCGCGCGUGAAACGGGACAACUUGGUUAAAAAGAGCAAUUCGAGGAGCUUGAACGAGGCUGCAAAGUCCGACGAGAAGCGGUCGAUCCCUCGCAAGGUAGCCAAACUUACAUCGAGAAUCGGUCGCGCCUCCAGAGAGUCUGCGAAGCUUCCAGACAAGGAUUACGAGGUCCCAGUUGACCAGGACAGGUCCGAGUACGCGGACGAGGCUGAAGAGGAGCCUGCGAUUAAUUCGAAAAACAAGGAAACCAGGUACAAAGGUAGCGAAACUCACUCGAGCGAAGACUCAGCGGGGUUCAUCGAUCAGGAAGAGAGGUCCAGCUUGUACGAUGACUUCGAGACGAAGGACGUGGUGAAGAGAGGAAUCUCCGGGGCCGAGGAUUACGAAGAGAUGGACGAAGAAGCUGCAGGUGGUGCCGAGGAUUCUGCGAUCUUGGAAGACAAUCCGUUGGACGAGGAAGCUGAAAAGAGGAUGGCUCGUGGGGACGUUAGAGUGAAGAGGGAGUACGAGAACUUGAGAGAAGCUGAUACCGUGGAGGCUGCUGGGAAAUCGGAGAGUUCUGGAACAUCUGCUGACUCGUCUGGUGAUUCCAAGGCUGCAGAGACACCGUUGAAACGAGGUGCUGGGUCUGAAAAGGAUAAUACUGUAGUCGAGAAUCAGGCGAGCAAGAUGGACAAAGAGUCGAACGAUCAGGAAGAGAACUCGAAGAGAAACGUACCCGAGAAGAACGAGAGUGACAUGUCCAAAGUAAAUUCGGACAGAGAAACGGAUGGCACGAAGCAAUCUUUGAUGGCGAACGAUCAGACUGAAAUCGAAAGCGGUGAGAGUGGAAAGUUGCAGAAUCAGGAGGGUCAGCAGAUCGCAGACCAGGGGAAAACGCAAGAAACUAGCUUAUCUGGCAACGGCAAGGUGACUAAUGAUUUGGCCAGUGAUUCCUCGGAUCUGAAGGGGACCUCGAAAGCAGAGGAGUCGAAAAUUGCCGACGUGGCGAAUAAGGAGACUGCAAAGGUCGAUGUUCCUGCAAACGUUGCGGAAACGGUUGCGGCCGCAGAAGUUGCGGAGAAGUUAGAGAACUCGAAGAAGGAGCCUGCAACGGCGGAGCAGUUGGACGGAGACUAUCAGAAGAGGGAGGAAAUUAAAAGAGAGAUCGCGGAGAAACGACGCAUCAGGGACAUCGAGGAGAACAAUGCGAAAUUCGAUGAACUGCACGAGCAAGAAGACGACGAUGACGAAGAGCAGGCAUUGGAGGCUGAAGCGGCUGACAAACGCGACGUGUCCAAGAGAUCUGUUCGAAAUGCCGGUAAGAUUGCGGUACGGGACAAAGCUGAGAAGCCGUCGAUAAAACGAAAGAAGAGGCAGGGUGACAAUGGUCCAGAAAAGGUGCAAGGUGCGAGCGAUGCAAAUUCGAGCAAGAAACCUCGUCAGACGACGGUGAAGAAACGAUCGAUGACGAAAUCGCAGUCGCAAACCCCGAUUGUGAACGAGGUGCCGAUAAAACGUCAAUACCCGCGAGAGAUAUUUCUGGUGAGGAACGACCGGAAGAAGAAGAGACGGAGAAGAUCCAAGAACCCUAAUCUGAUUUCGGAUCAGCGCACCGCCAAGUUGGAGGAUAAUCUGCCAGGUGAUUUUCCUUUGGACUCGAGCUUGCGCGGGGGCCUUGGUGAUGCAAAGUCGAGCGCGAGGAAGGUUAACGAAGACGAGAAAGCAAUAGCGGAACACGAAUCCAUGUUGGAAAAGAAAUCCGGCUCUGUGGCCUCACUGACGGGAAGUAACGAAGUGCUGGGUCCAUUAGCGACAGAAUACGGAGAUGCGUUCGGUGGUUUGAACAACGAACCCGGGGUGGCGUUAGCUAGGUUUAAGAGAAUCAAGCGAGUCCUUCGUCCUCCAACUUCUAAGAUGUAA